ACACAAUCCAAUGUCUUCACCAUCGACCGUAACAAUUGUAUCGGAAUGCUUUAUCAAACCACUUCACGACUUGUCACCCGAAACAAAACAACCUCUCCAUUUCGCACCCUUUGAGCUUUCCUUUCUCAACUUUAAUUACAUCCAAAAGGGUCUCCUUUUCUCAAAACCACCCGAAAACAAAGGUUUCUCCAUAACCGCUUUCUUGGAUGACCUCAAAAACUCUUUAUCCGCUACACUUACUCAUUUUUACCCGCUUGUAUCCCGUUUAGCCACUCGAAUUCAAGAUGAUCAUAACCCGCCUUCCUAUGUCAUCUACUUAGACCCCAAAAACAGGCCCGGGGUCAAGUUUAUUUACGCAAAGACAGACGCCACUAUAUUGGAUAUAAUCAAUCCAACGUACGUACCAUUGAUCGUUGGUUCCUUCUUUGACCUUAAUAAUGCUAUUAGCCAUGAUGGUCAUACAUUGCCUUUGGUGUCCAUUAAGGUGACCGAGCUAACCGAUGGGAUCUUCAUCGGUGGUUCCAUCAACCACGUUGUGGCUGAUGGAACAUCUUUUUGGCACUUCAUGACUUCUUGGAGUGAAAUAUUCAAAUCUAAAAAUCGAGAGACUUGUAUAAUCUCGCGUACUCCAGUAUUCAAAAGGUUGGCUCUUGAGGGAUACGAUCCUAGAGUUAAUCUUCCGUAUACACAUCACGGUCAGUUCAUAGAACGAUCGGAACAUCCACAAGAUGAUGAUCUUAAAGAGAGAUUCUUCCAUUUCUCAUCGGCGUCCGUAGCAAGACUCAAGAAUAAAGCAAAUGCCGAAUUAUCUAAUAAUAAUAAUACGCAAAAAAAGAUCAUCUCAAGUUUACAAGCUGUGUCCGCUCUGUUAUGGAGGUGUAUAACUCGAGUAAGACGCCAACCAGGAGAUAGUGAAACGGAAUGUGUACUUGCUGUUUGUAACCGACGAAGGAUAAACCCGCCUUUAUCUGAUGGUUACUUUGGUAGCCCGGUGCUCACAGUCAAAGGAACAAAAACAGUAGAAGAAUUAAUGAAAAAUGGGCUUGGAUGGGCCGCGUUGUAUCUACAUGAAACGAUAACAAACCAUGAUGAUGAGGCAGUGAAAAAGUGGGCCGAGUCAUGGUUUAGAAACCCGGUAGCGUAUAAAAUAAGUGAUAUGUUGUCUCCGUUUUCAAACGUGGUGCUUAUUUCUAGCUCACCUAGGUUUGAUAUGUACGGGUGUGAAUUCGGGUUGGGGAAAGCAGUAGCGGUUAGAAGCGGGCCUGCUAACAAAGGGGAUGGGGCGAUGACAAUGUAUCCUGGUCGGGAAGGAGGUGGGAGUAUCGAUGUUGAAGUUUGCUUAUCGGCCGAAACUAUGAAGGAUCUUGAACAUGAGGAGGAGUUCAUAAGUGCUCUUAAGGAGUAACUAAUUAAGGAAAUAUACCAAAGUACAAUGUCCAGCAAAGAAUAAGAUUGCUGAAAUUAUUAUAUGGUAAUUAUUAAAGAAAAUAAAAUGUUAUUUUCU